AUGAAGUCGUGGUCGCAGGCGCCGCCAUUGAAACCGCCGUUGUGGUCGACAGCUGCUGGCGACCCGACCGAGGGACUGAGCCUCGAACAACUGCGGCAGUGGUACGAGGAGCGUGCCGAGAGUCGGCUAAAAGGACAGUAUGAGAGCACCGUUAGGGGUAUUGUAGAACUGCUCGAAGACGCCAGCAGCGCACCGUUGCGACUCACUGCGCUGCGGAUUACUGCCCCGCAUACGAGUCAGGCGUUCCUUGACAACCUGCUUUCUCCCUACCUCGGAUCUCGGAAAACCUCGGACUCUCCGUACUCAACAGUUCGCUCCGUUUUAAAACAAACCCGGGAUGUGACCCAAGCUCUCGCUGCGACCAGCAUAUUCACCUCUCUCCAACCGACACUCGUCCGCUCCCUAUCUCCGCUGGCAGAAACAGGCGAUGUCGAGCUCCUUGUCGUAGCGAAAGGACGGUCGCGUCGUUUUUUAAAGGGAGAAACAAAUGUGGGCAACUCAGAGGCGUCCGGCUCGAUCUCGGGCAAGCUGUUCAACACCCUGGGAUGUGGAGACUCGCUCUCCGUCGUCGUCUCCACCGGCACGCGUACAAGAAGAAGCACGGAGAUCAGCUUCGACCAGCCUCUACCUGGGUGGGAGCUGAAUACAAGAGGUGAAGGUGGGCUUUGGGAGUAUGAGCGCGACUGGACGGGCUGGGCUGGGUGCUGGGAACGACAGCGUGGGGCAAAAGCCGGCAUCUCUACUCGCACCCUGCUUGGUCACCACACCCUAGCAUACACGCUUGUCUCCCGCCAAAUUCAUACCCUUGCACCCACCGCCUCCCUCUCAACCCGUUUAGCCGCAGGGACAAACAUCAAAUCCUCUUUCACACACACUUUACAAAACUCGGCCCCUAAUUGGAGCUACCGUUUGGCACAGGAAGUUGCUGGCCUGGCCGGGGACGCAAAAUUCGUUCGGCUAGAAGCAGACUUCUCGCGAGCCAUACCCCUCACUACCAAUCUUUCUACUUCUUUCACUGCAAGAACGGCGUUCAUCCGCCCUCUGUCCGAAUCUCCUGUCCCCUUGUCCGACCGCGCUUUCCUGGGCGGGCCCACCUCAGUCCGAAUGUUCCGCAUGAACAACAUGGGCCCACACGACGGUUUGGACGCAACCGGUGGCGAGCUCGCAGCCUCCGCGGGUCUCUCCCUGUUGGGCAAUUUCCCCGGCCGUGCCCUUUUCUGGCCUCUUCAAUGGCAGCUCUUCGUCAACAGCGGCACUCUGGGCCGCCUACUCCCAGGCGACGACCUUGCCACCGCUGUUCGGACUACCCUUUCCCGGCCCUCUGUAUCAGUCGGCCUCGGGCUGGUGGGGAGGAUGGACCCCAUCAGGGUGGAGUUCAAUUUGGGAGUACCGCUGGCUGCGGCGAAAGGCGAGGGCUUGGCAAGGGGCUGGAGUGUAGGCAUUGGGCUUGAAUUCCUUUAG